AUGCCGGGAAAAUCAGUGCUACUGUAUGCCCGCAGUUGAAUAAUUUGUUGUGGAGACGGGCCUAUCGAUAAAACUUUUCCGGGUGGCGGGAGAGACCCAUUGCGCACUGGGCGGUUGCUUCUUCGGCGGCGAAGCAGCGGCGGCAUAGAUCCAUUCCGUCACCUUGUCAGGGCCUUUUCCUCACAACUUCCGGCCUGCCAAGUGAUGUCCACUUCCUCGUCCCUAUGCCGUGGUCGUUUCCUCCUUUCCAUCAGCCAUGAAUGCUCGCAGAGAGGGGAUUGACUUCCUCACUCCGAAUCCCUUCCGCGUGCAGUACAGCAACUAUGAUCGAGUACUGCAGCAUCUGCAGGACAACCCCCAUCUAGUCGCCUAUAUCUUCGUCACGGUCAUCACGGUAUUCCUCGGGCUAAGGUACUUGGGGCUAGUCUCGUUGUCGUUGGCUCGGAUUAUUUGGAAUCUCGUUGUCUACUUGACACCUUCACGACUAGUUGCCGCCCUAGAUUCCAAGGCCCCGAAAUCUGAUAGUACCGACGAAGAUCCCCUUUCGAUGACUUUUGAGGGCAAAAGCGAAGCGAUGCGACGGAUUUUCGGCCUAGAUGACACCUCGUUCUCCUCCUUCCUUCCUCGCACCCCGGCGUUCCCAGGCUUCGGCACUUCCCUACUGAGCAGCAAGAACAACGUACCGCCUGGUCUGGGAAAUUGGGAUAAUUCAUGCUAUCAGAAUAGCAUUAUUCAAGGGCUGGCAUCGCUCCAGUCGCUAGAAGCUUUUUUGGGGCGUAACGUUGAUCAGUUAGGGCAAAAGGUCCUUCUUUCCACGCAUCAAGCCUUGAGGGACAUUAUUGAGCGACUGAACAGCGCGGACAGUUAUGGCCAGCGUCUGUGGACUCCGGCGGAUCUCAAGUCUAUGAGCAGUUGGCAACAGCAGGAUGCACAGGAAUACUUCUCCAAGGUUGUUGAUCAGUUGGAUCUCGAAGUGCAGCAGGCGACUCGGCGACACACUCGCAACUUGGGCUUGAAGAUGGCAGGGCCGCAGGAGCAUGUUAUUGGAUCCGCUCCAAGGCAGGAGAUACACGGCGAUACUGCCUCCGAACCACAAACAACCGGUAACCAGGUUUUCCGGAAUCCGUUGGAAGGCCUCCUUGCGCAAAGGGUGGGCUGCAUUCAGUGUGGUUGGACGGAGGGUCUUUCCCUCAUUCCGUUCAACUGCUUGACUGUGCCGCUCGGGCCGAAGUUUGAGUACGAUAUCCGAGAAUGUCUGCAUCACUAUAUGCACCUGGAGCCUAUUGAGGGGGUGGAAUGUGCCAAGUGCACCUUGUUGCGUGCGCAGACUCAACUCUCGAAUCUUCUCAAACAGAUUGAUGACGAUGAGGCGACUCCGAGUGCAACCACUGAUUCGCCCAAGAUAUCAGAUGCACUCCGGAGCUCGGCGCAAGAGCGCCUACAGGCGGUUGAGCAAGCCUUGACCGAGGAGGAUUUCGCGGAGAAGACGCUUUCACAGAAGUGCCAUAUCCCUGGAAAGAGCAGAGUGUCAACGACGAAAUCGCGACAGGCUGUUAUUGCUCGACCUCCCGAGUGCCUUGUUAUUCACGUCAACCGGAGUCUGUUCGACGAAACUACCGGGAUGCUCCGGAAAAAUUACGCGGCUGUCAAGUUCCCGAAGGCCCUUAACUUGAACCAAUGGUCCUUAGGCGGUGUUUCCAAUGAAACCGAACAAGGCCUAGAAGCAUGGGAGACUAAUCCUAGUGUGUCGAUGCUCUCGCAUGCAGGAAGAGGCGCGAGUACCGGCCGCCACUAUCAAUUGCGAGCCGUCGUCACCCACUAUGGGCGCCAUGAGAAUGGCCAUUACAUCUGUUACCGAAAGUAUUCCACCGAGACCUUCCCGGCCCACGUGCCGGACGCCGUCGUGGAGGCAGACGGUGAAAAGGAAAGGACUGAGCGUUGGUACCGAUUAAGUGAUGAGGAUGUGCAGAUGGUCAGCGAAGCGAACGUCAUGUCGCAGGGCGGUGCUUUCAUGCUCUUCUACGAAGCUGCAGAUUCCGAGGCUGCGGAGGAUGCUGAGUAUGGGUCGGAUGAAAGCUCCGUGUCUACCACCAGCUAUACGCCAUCGGAGAAUGCGUCUACAUCUGCUACCGCCGAUUCCACCACCUCCGAUGUAUCCCCAGCAGCCAGCAUUUCAGCUGCACUGAAAGUCGAGCCUCGCGGCGAAAAGCCGCUUCUCAUGUCGGACGUUGACUGACGCGUAUGCCUCAUCACGGACCUUCCGCCAGAUUGUGUAUAUCAGCAUUUAUGAUACCCCCGAGUGCGACUCAUUAGAAGGCGUUUACAUUAGCUUUUGUUCUAUGCUUCCCUUCUGUAUCCUCACGCCGUCAACGGCUUGGACAGGAGGGCAGCAUUUGUAUAACAUUGCAUGGCAUGUACUUCGUGUCGAUUCCGACCAGCGAGCUUAUCGUUAUGUAACCCAUUAUACCAAGCACACCUUUGUCCUAUUCCAUCCCAAGUAACACCACCCAUAGAUAGAAACCCAUCAACGCCCGCUGAACCGCAAACCCAGUAAGUACUCCGUAUUCAACCCUCAAAAAACCCCCGCCCGCUGCAUCACCUCC